UCAUCAGCAGCUCCGCUGCAGUAGCCACCCUAUUCUUUUUAGGCUCUCUGGAGGUCCUAUCGUUGUGAAAUAUCGCGGUAGCUGCCUCCCUAAUCACUACGUAAUGUGCCGUGCUGCUUCUAGCGGCGCUGGUGACAGUGCUGAAAGCUGUUGGGUAUGAAGUGAAACGGAACUGAAUUUUUGUACCAUCCGCAACUGCUUCAAGUUCAGAUCAUAACAAAGAAACUGAAGAUAAACCUCCCAAAACAAGCAAGUUGCAACACAGAAGACAAAUAAAAAACAAACGGAUCACUUCAAGGGUUUAAAACACAAGAAGUAACCAAAUUCUGAAACGACCAAAGAAGACGUCCAUCAGCCCAAUUGAAACGCAACAGAGAAGCAAUCCUAUGCCCAAGCAUAUUCUGAGAAGACUAACUGAUCUGAAACCAGAAGUUUGUGCCUACUCAACAGCUUUGACAAAGCACACGUCCCAACGCUGCUCCUAGCCCUCCUCAUCCUCACCACACCACCGACUCACCACCGGGGUGUGGAGUGGGCUGCUAUCUGCUAGUUUUAUUUCCCCCACAUAGUUCCCCCAUCUUUCCUUUUCUCUACUCCUCCCACUGUUUUCACUGUAUUUUUUUUUCUAAGCAGUGUUAUUGCACCUGCGUUUGCCUUUUUCUUGUGCUAGAUUUCUCCUUUUUUUGCUUUAUGCAACCAUCUCGAACUUGUGCCAGAAACCUGUAACAAGUGUUUGUGUGUGUGUGUGCGUGUGUUCAACUGUGUGCGUGUGUUCAACUGUGUGCGUGAAGAGGUCUGCAGGAACUGCAAAGUCAUCGAGAACCUGAGAAUUACAAGAUUUAAAGACGACGAAUAAAGACAUCCAGCGGUGUAUCAUUGGGUGGUUACAUAAAAUAGAACUUAACAGUCCAGCAAAAAAUUCAAACAAGUAAUCAAGUUCAGCAAGUGCUCAAGCAAGUGUGGUCCGAGUUUAUGGGAAAAUAUGGGCAGCCCCUGGAAAGGCUUUGUUGAGUUUACCUUGCCUGCGUCGCCACCCACCGCAUUUGUUAGCGCUGACCUGAGCAGCACCUCCCCUGUCGGACUCAGCCUGUCGCCAUAUGGCCGAUCCCUAAUCCAAGUCCUAUCCCCAGUGUCAGAAAUGGAAAGAGGCUCCUCUGAACCGCCAGUGGCUCGCAACACUGGCUCUGCCCCAUCUACCUCUACUGAUCCCAUGCCUAUCCCCCGCUGCUCCUCCCUCUCAUACCAUCCCCAACCAGGAAGUAAAAAACACAAGCGGACCCCCUUGUAUCAGAGAUCAAUGAGUUUUGACCCAGGCAUGCUCCAUAACAAUGGACAUACUGCAUACGCUAAUGGCACUGGGCCUGGCAUUAGAGAGACUGGUGUGGUGGAGAAGCUCCUGACUUCCUACGGUUUCAUUCAGUGCUCUGAACGCCAGGCUCGUCUCUUCUUCCACUGCUCACAGUACAAUGGCAACCUGCAGGAGCUUAAAAUAGGAGAUGAUGUAGAGUUUGAGGUAUCCUCUGACAGGCGCACUGGCAAGCCAAUAGCAGUGAAGCUGCUAAAGAUAAAGCCAGAGGUGCUGCCAGAGGAGCGCAUCUCGGGCCAGGUUGUCUCUGCAAUCCCAGUGCACUUAGAUGGAAAGUCUGCACCCGGCCAGGUGCCCACUGGCAGUGUUUGUUAUGAAAGGAAUGGGGAAGUGUUCUACCUUACCUACACCCCUGAUGAUGUGGAGGCAAAUAUGCACCUAGACACAGGCGACAAAGUCAGCUUUUACAUGGAUACCAACAAGCAUACUGGUGCAGUCAGUGCUCGUAAUAUUCAACUAGUGAAGAAAAAGCAAAUGAGGUGCCAAGGUGUGGUGUGUGCUACAAAGGAGGCCUUUGGAUUCAUUGAGAGGGCAGAUGUGGUGAAGGAGAUAUUUUUUCACUACAGUGAGUUCAAGGGUGACCUGGAGGCUCUGCAGGCUGGAGAUGACGUCGAGUUCACCAUCAAAGACAGAAAUGGUAAGGAGGUAGCCACAGAUGUGAGGCUGCUCGUCCAAGGAACAGUCAUCUUUGAGGAUAUCAGCAUUGAGCAGUUCGAAGGGACUGUUGUCAAGGUCAUUCCCAAGGUUCCCACAAAAAACCAGAACGACCCUCUACCGGGCCGUAUCAGUUCCCGCAUUGGUUUCACUGACAAGGAGCUGCCCUUUGGCGAGAAGGACACAAAGUCCAAGGUGACUCUUUUGGAGGGAGACCACAUCCAGUUCAACAUCUCCACCGACCGCAGAGACAAGUUGGAGAGGGCUACCAACAUCGACAUCCUCCCAGACACCUUCGACUUCACCAAGGAGACCCGUGAAAUGGGGGUGAUUGCGGCUAUACGCGAUGGCUUUGGCUUCAUUAAGUGUGUGGAUCGGGAUGCCAGGAUGUUCUUCCACUUCAGUGAAGUCCUGGAGGAAAGCCAGCUGCACAUCUCAGAUGAAGUGGAGUUCACUGUUGUGCCUGAUAUGCUGUCGGCUCAGAGGAACCACGCAGUGCGCAUCAAGAAGCUGCCCAAGGGCACAGUGUCCUUCCAUACCCAGUCUGAGCAGCGCUUUAUGGGUGUGGUGGAGAAGGAAGUUGUUGCAGCGACCACCAAGAAUGUCAGCCCCACCAAGGGCAAGGAAAAGGAAGCUGAGGAAGGAGUGAUUGCAUAUGAAGACUGCGGAGUGAAGCUCACUGUGGCAUACCAUAACAAGGACCUAGAGGGAGGAGGAUACCCACAGGUUGGAGACAAGGUGGAGUUCUCCAUCAAUGAAGUGAAGCGAACUGGCCAGCAGAGCGCAGUCUCGAUUCGGGUCCUCAACCGCAAUGCCUCCAAUGCCAAGAGACUGCUUGGAUUCGUUGCCACACUGAAGGACAACUUUGGUUUCAUUGAGACAGCAAAUCAUGACCAGGAGAUUUUCUUUCACUACAGUGAAAUGUGUGGAGACUUGGAGAACUUGGAGCUGGGCGACACAGUGGAGUACACUCUCUCUAAAGGAAAAGGGAACAAAGUCAGUGCUGAAAAGGUUACCAAAGUGGCUGCAGUGAAUGAAAUCAGUGAAGAUGUUGGUGCUACAGUGAUGAUGGGGAAAGUCAUCCGUCCCUUACGCAGUGUGGACCCCUCCCAGACAGAAUACCAAGGGCUUAUUGAAGUCACAGAGGAAGGUGCAACUAAAGGCCAGAAUUAUCCCUUUGGAAUAAUGGGCAUGUCUAACAAGGCAGAUUGUCUGCAGAAAGGGGAACUUGUGAAGUUCCAGGAUUGCACAGUGUCCCAAACUGGACAGAAGAUGGCCUGUAAUGUGGUCCCUCAGCGUAGAGCCAUGGUGGAGUGUGUCAAAGACCAGUUUGGCUUCAUCACAUAUGAAGUUGGAGAGAGCAAGAAGCUGUUUUUCCACGUAAAAGAAGUGCAAGAUGGCCUCGAGCUCCAGACCGGGGAUGAGGUGGAGUUCUCAGUUGUCCUCAAUCAACGCACAGGAAAAUGUAGUGCCUGCAACGUACGCAGAGUCAGUGAGGGGCCUAAGCCGGUGGUGACCCCGCGUCCAGAUCGUCUGGUAAACCGAUUGAAGAGCAUCACCCUUGACGACGCCAGUGCUCCUCGCCUGGUGAUUGUAAGACAGCCUCGCGGUCCUGACAAUUCAAAGGGCUUCAAUGUGGAGCGCAAGACUCGCCAGCCCGGUGUCAUUGACUGAGCAAUACAGAGCCCACCCUGCUUGGUGUUGGAUGGAUGCCAUCCCAAAGGGCGACAACGGGGAUAAGGGAAUUUGAUUCGACACAUGUUUGCACACACGCACUCGUACACAAAACAUACGCACACAUACAGUAAUCAGCAUGUGUAAUCUUCGUCCCCAUCAAAACCUGCGAGGGAACUUCUCUCAUUCCACAGUUCCCUGCCUCGCCUCCCAUGUAUGAUAUACUUGAUACAGAGUUCCACACUGCAGCGUACGUGGGGGUCUCUGAGUGUGUGCGUGUGUGAUGUAUCCUAGAAGUGAUUGUAGUGUGUAAAGGAGGUAUUUGUUUCUGAGGGUCUCGUCCCGCUAAACCAGAGUGAUGACUGUGUGGCUGUCUGUGUCCCUAUCUUUAUCUUUUUGAAUCUGGUUUGUCUGGAAUUCUGCACCUGUAAUCUGUCCAAUAGUUUGCCUGGGGUGUCUUUGAGCAUCUGCUCCUUUUUUUUGUUUUUUCUCAUAUUUUUGCUCCUUUACCCAUGGAAACUUAAAAAAUGGUUUCAUUGUCAAGUUUCCACUACUGUAUGCUUUCCUACAAGACGCAUAAAGCAAAGCAAAGUUCCCUCCAUAAGGAGGAUCAUAUUUCUCAUGUGCGAGCUUAAACUGAGGAUUCUUCUCUGCUCCGUUUUUUUGAGCAGUUUUUAAAACGCUUUAUUGAAGAGCUGAAGUGAAAGCAUGGUGUGUGUGUGUGUGAUGUACGUGAAUGUCAAUGUAGUUAAUCUAAUGGGAUUUACUUUUACCAAUCUGGAGCCUUUAGAUACCUUUUUGGUAUUCACAUGCUCCACUUAAGCAAUUUUUCCCAGGUGCAGAAUUCCUUGUGGCAUCUUAUAUCUGCAGUUCUUUUAUACUAUGUUUUUUCUUGCACAUAUUUUUGCUCUUUUUUUUUUUUUUUUCAUUGAAAAUCUGCUAAUAUUGAAUUAAGUAAGAAUAAGGUGCCUAAAAACUACAAGCAAAAUGAAAUUUAAAAAACAAAACAUUUGAUGUAUCCUCUGUUCCCAGCCAACCACCAAAAAAUUCAGAACAAUCUUAGGGUGGCUUUUGUUUUUGUUUUUUGUUUGUUUUUUUCUUCUUCUAGUAGAAAUAAUACUGAUAUGCAUCCCAAACCUGUGGGUUGAACUAUACUGUAUGUAAUGUGUGCUCUUUUUUUUUUUGCUUUUUUUUUUUUUUUUUUUUUUUUUUGGCUUGGUGAAGUUCAUUGGAACUUCCAAUAUAACAAAACAAAUUUAACUUAAAGGAGGAGAAAGGUAAAGUAUUAGAGAUUCAGUUAAAAAAAAAAAAAGCAUAAAAGAUCAGGAUACCAGUUAUUGUGCGCCGAGACGUGGUGGGUGAGCUGUUGUGCCUCUGCACAUUAAGUUACAGUCUAAAUUAAUUUCAACUUUGGAGAUCACUGGGUUUCAGUUGAACCACGAACAGAGGUUCUCAUGUACUUUUGUUAAUGGUCUUGAAUGAAACUAUUGAAUUAAAGUUUUAUGAAAAUCA